AUUACCACACUAACUUUAUUUUCCAGAUGAAGUUCAUAUUGUUGUUGACUGUGGUCGGGCUGGCGGCCUGCCAGUUCCCGCCUCGGAGGCCGGGCUUCGGAGGCCAGCCGAAGAGGACAAGCAGUAAGAGCUUCUCUCAAAGUCGACCUGGAACUCAGAGUUUGGGCGCCAAGCCUGACGACACUCGCGGCGGGAGUGAGUACUACUUCUCCUGGAGACACGACCCGCCCAAGACAGAGUACACAGGCGACGCUGCUCACAGGAUGUGUACAAGUCUGGGCGGCGGGUGGCAGCCUGUGGCCAUCAGCUCUCGUGACGAGCUCAACUACAUCCAUGGCAUUAUUGUCAGAGAGCGGCUGGACUACAUCUGGACCGGCGGGGUGAGGGCCGGCUCCGGCUUCAGGUGGUUCAACGGAGAACCUUUUGGUAUUACUGCCUGGUCCAACACCGGAGGACUCCGCCGACCUCAGCCCGACAACCGUGAGAGUGGUAAGGAGAACUGCCUCGCCAUCCUCAACAACUUCUACAAGGAUGGCGUCGCAUGGCACGACGUUGCCUGCCACCACGAGAAGCCCGUCAUCUGCGAACGUUCCGUAUAAAUCCCCCCAACAUUGCCAUAUGUGAGAGUCGUACACAAGGGCUCUCACUCGGACCCCGUCUCCCUGCGCCCCUGACAGUGAGAGUGCUUCAUUCUCCUUUUACCAGGGUUUCGAACCCGCAUUUCCAGGUCUCGACCCCCUGGUGUACACAGUACCGUAACCACGUCACCAGCUAUUUUUUUAGGGAAUUGCCGGUGAAGUAGUGAUGGCACUGUGUUCUCCAUGCGGCGAGCCAACGUAAUACAGGUUCGAACCCUGGUGAUGUCAUGGACUUCUUAAGUGAUUAUAUCUAUAUAUAUAAUAUGUAUAUGUAAUUCUGCCAACUUUUAGUAACUUAAUAUAUUUAUUAUUCGAAGCUGCUGCUUAUGUAAACAAAUUGCUACCCCCCGGGGCAAAAUAAAUAUAUAAACAAAUAUAUAAACAUUAAAAA